UCAGUCCUCUGUGAAGCCACAGCGACUCGGUCCCCAGAGCGGAACGUCAGCAGAGAUAGCAGCAAGCAGGCACUUCUUCGCCGGGCAGGCUAACUCGCUUUCUGUUUUACUCGUCAUGGAGACUCGCUGGCCUUUGAAGAGAUCCAGAACAACCCACAAAUUCAAGAGUGGAUUGUCACUGUGGCUGAUCCUGUGGCUGGUAGUGGUAAAACCCAGCAGUGUGGCUGCAUGCCCCAGGCUUUGUGUGUGUUAUCCUACGCCCAUGACAGUCAGCUGCCAGUCCCAGAACCUGACCAUCGUUCCGGCCGGUGUGCCGUACGACUCACAACGUGUGUUCCUGCAGAACAAUCGUAUUACAGAACUCCGCGCGGAUUCUUUUGGCUUUGAAACACAGGUGCUUUGGCUUUAUGGCAAUAAUGUCACAUGGAUUGAGGCUGGAGCCUUUAGUAACCUGAGGGUGCUUGAGGAGUUGGACCUGGGAGACAAUCCCACAUUGAGACGUCUAGAAGGUGGAGCUUUUCGGGGGUUGGAGAAGCUGCAGAGUCUGCACAUGCACCGAUGCAAGCUUGGCAUGUUACCCCACGACCUCUUCCACAAGUUGUAUAGUCUCCAGUUUCUCUACUUGCAGGAGAAUCAACUCCACUUUCUGCAGGAUGACCUGUUCACAGAUCUGGUCAACCUCACCCACCUAUUCCUCCACGGCAACCGAAUUCGAGUCCUAACUGAGAAUGUGUUCCGAGGUUUGGUUAAUCUGGACCGCCUACUUCUCCACGAAAAUCGAAUCAGGCAGGUCAACCGUCGCGCUUUCCGCGACCUUGGCCGCGUCUCCAUUCUUUACCUUUUCAAUAACUCCCUUGCCGAGCUGCCAGGCCAGGCUAUGAGAGACACCCAGGGUAUUAACUUCCUCCGUCUCAAUGGUAACCCUUGGUCCUGUGGCUGCGAGGCCCGUUCAUUGUGGGAGUGGUUCCGCAAAUCCCGCAUUUCCUCCUCUGAGCUGAUCUGCUCCUCGCCAUCCCAACGUCGCGGGCAAGAUCUCAGAUUCCUCCGGGAGCUGGACUUUGCCCUCUGUCCCAUGCCUGACCCCGGCUCCUUAGCCGGAACCACCACAACCACCUUCAGCACCAAGACCCGCUGGUGGUUCUCCAAGAACAAGCCUGCGUCAUCCUCCAAGGUCAAUAACCACAAGACCACAGACACAGUGAAGUCAUUCCCUCUAGGAAAACCAAAUUAUUUCCCCAAAAGCCAGUUUGACACAUUUCCUCCCAAAUAUGAACUAUCAGAUGAUGAAAUGGCUCUUCCUAAACUCGACCAAGAAGAGUACUGGGCCAACUAUGGCAACGAAGACGGCGCCAUCCGUUGCUUUGAGCCCGACUGCUACGACAAUCCAUCUUUUGUGUCGUCAUUCUCAUCCUCUGCCACCCAUCCAGCCCUCCUACACCCUUUCUCUUUCUGCAUACUCGCUUUCUGCCUUUAUUUACUUUUUGGCUGAAUCCGACCAAUCUUCAACACUUAUCUCUUCUCUCAUUCCUCAGUCCUGCUCUUUUCAACUCAAAACAAAAACCUGGGAUCUUGAUCCCUUUCUGCCACCUCCUCAAUCUUUGAAGUAGGUGAAGGCGCGCAGCGACAGGAAACAGGCAAGGAAGCCAGUAUCUGUUAUCAAAAACAGAUAUCAAUUGAGGCUUAUCAAAAUAGUUGAUGUGGCUGCUGGAGACAGUGAAAGGUAGCACACAGCCACUUUUAACGAAUGACAUAACACUCUGAAGGCAUUAUAAAUUCUAGUUUCUUUUCUACAUGGAAAAAAAGUGUGUCAAUGCUUUUGAAAAAAAAGUGAAAACAUAUGAGAACGAUAAGAGGGUGUGUUGCAAUAGUUUAGUUUAUAUAUUUCUUUGGAUGAGUCGAAGUAGUGAUUCAAGUCAUAAAAAAGAGGCAGGCUUUGCAUUAGGUAUGAGGGCCGUCUGUAGGUCAUCCACCUUCUAAUGUUUACUAACAUGAAAAAUCAACACAAUUUAAAUAAAAUACACCGACAGAGAGGCUAGUUAUCAAAUAUAUUAAUAUGUGCACUGCAGAUUGUCACAGAUGGGAUUUGCACAUGGAACUUGGCUUGUUCUGUAGUCAGAGGUCGGAUGCUGAAGUCAAAGAGAGCACUGAAAGGACGAAUUUUGAAAUCUGAUUGGUUAAGAAAUAGUCCAUUUUCUUAUUGCUCAUGUUUCAGCGACCAGCAUUACUACAUCUGAAGGCCGUGGACACAUUUGAUAUUUUUUUAUAUAAAAUGGUAACAUCAGAGUUGCCAAAACAAAACGAGGCCAAGUGCAGGAUUGUCAGCCAAGAGUGAUUUUCUCCUCUCAGAUUCCAUGUCAUGUGUGAGCCCAGAGAUGUCAGCACCACAGCCACCCACACUUGUACAUGCAACUUGAAACAACUCAAGCAACUUGAAACACGCAUCACACGACAAACGUCACACAUCUCGCACUUCUCCGCACUACUGUUGCCUGGUUUGACUUUCCCCUCUUAACUCUGCAGUGUUUAGGAAUGGAUGAAACCAUUAAAUUGGCUGAUAAAGUUAAUCAUAAAUGUGUCUGUUUUAUGUGUUGUUUUUUUUUUUUUUUUUUUAAUUAGAUUAUAAGCAAGUGUUUGAAGCAUGAAGAAAUUAGAUUUUUAUGUUGCAUACCUGUAUUUAUUAAAGGUUUUCCUAAUUUGGAAAAAAAAUUUGAAAUGUUAUAUAGAACUUAUUUAUUAUUGAAAAACCCAAGAGUUUUAUUUAAUCAGAAAACAUGUUUUUAAACAUUGCAUUUGACCUGAAAAAGACCCUAAUUCUGUGUGUUUCAAAAGAAAGCUGGUCAUUGCUGUGCUUUGUUUAGAAAAAAUAA